AUGGUUAAAAAUCUUCUUGUUAAUCUUGACUGUGCCUAUUCUCGGGAUUUAUUGUUACGUGUUUUGAGAGAUCCGGAAAGUACUUAUCACAAUCUCUACAAUAUCUAUACACGUGACGAUGUUGUCAAUUAUCAUAAAAGUACAAACCCAGAAGAGGAAUUUAAUUAUGAAGAAAGUGUUGCUAAAUUCAUCAAGGAAAAGAAUAUUGAAAUUCAAUGGGAUGAAUAUGAAAACGUUCCUUGGGAUACUGUCAUGUCUCAAAUAGAAAAUCCACUCCGUUGCAAUUAUUAUUGUAUUAGAAAAGGUCUUAUUAGAAAAGCUCAAUUUGGUAGUAUUUUGAAUAGAUAUGUCACCAAAAAGUUGAGUAAGAAUGAAAAAACCCACCUCAAGAAGGCCAUCCCAGAGACACAUAUUUAUGAAUUGGAUGAUGUCGAAUAUUUUGACGAGAGCUUGUAUGAUAUUUAUGAAGUAGUUCAAUCAUUGGAAAAUAAUGAAAAAAUUGAACAAGAAGGUGAUAGAAAUGGAAUUGCUACAUGGAUUUUAAAACCAUCUCUCACCAACAAGGGUGCUGAAAUUUUCAUUUUCAAUUCUCUUGAACAAUUGCAAAACUACUUCACAACUAACUUUGAACAACAAGAAGAUAAUGAUGAUGAAGAUGAAGAAAGCAACGUUCUCGAUCUUAGACAAUUGAGAGAGUGGGUCAUUCAGAAAUAUGUUGAUAGACCACUUUUGCUCUGUGGUGGAAGAAAAUUCCACAUGAGAGUUUAUGUCUUGGCUGUUGGUGCUCUUAAGGUUUAUGUGUACGAUCAAAUUUUGGCUCUUUUUGCUUUGAGACCAUUCAAAAAGGAAAAUAUUUCAGAUACCUUCUCACAUAUUACCAAUACAUGUGUUCAAGUGAAAGAAUCUGAUUUCAAAGAAAGUGAAUCUGUUAAAUUAUUCUGGAAUCUUGCAAAUGAAGAUUCAACAAUCUCAACAUCUCAAUUGGAACAUAUUUUCCAACAAGUCAAGGAUGUAACAGGUGAAAUGUUUGAUGCUGUUUCAGGAGAAUUGGCAUUUAUGCCACUUCCACAUUGUUUUGAAUUGUUUGGUUUGGAUUUCCUUGUUGAUGAAGAUCUUCAAGUUUAUUUAUUGGAAGUCAAUGCUGGUCCUGAUUUUAAACAAACAGGAAAAGAAUUGGAUUCUGUCAUUUACAAUUUAUUCAACCAAACAGCCAAUUUAGUUUUAGAUGGUGGAAACAAAAUUGAAACCAACAAUGGUCGCGGAACUUUACAUCAAGUGCUUGACAAGACUACCUUUAGAGGUUUCUAAUAAACUUUACAUAUGCCUUAAU